AUGAAUGCCAAGGUACGCAGGUAUAAAAAUGGCCAAGAACUCGUGCCUUCGGAUCGUAUACUCACCUGGACCGAUAGUUGGGGAUUUCAGCGACUCGCUAUUCUCAACGCAGACCUCGAGGACGAAGGCCAGUACAAAUGUACGGCGGUCAACUCGGAAGGUUCCGCAUAUUCCGAAGCUCAGCUCAGCGUUCUCCAAAUUGAAACCGGAACAGGUCCUGAGGUGGAAAUCACCGGAGCCGAGAAACCUCAGACGUUUCUUGGUGAAUAUGUUAGUAACCUCGCUUUCUUAAGGCAUCUGCGCAAUGGAUACGUGUUUUCUGGAUUUCCGAUCAUCUUUGACUGCGUUGUAUGCGGUCAAGUAUCUGAAUUUUUAUGGUAA